AUGUCUGUCAGUCGACAGGAUGGUAUACCUCUGGGAAGACUACCCCUUUUUAGAGAUAUCAAAGAAGCUUUGGUUUUAGAGAAACAGCAACAGAGUAAGAACGGUAGGCCGGCCAAUGAACCACGAAUGAUCAAGAAAAAUAGAGGAAAUGAGGAAGAAUUAAGAUCUGGUCGUCAAUAUAUCCCACCUCUUUCAGCCUACAAUGCUAUCGAGGAGGUUCCUUAUUUUCCCUUUGGGGUGGAUGAGCGCGAACGAAGGUUCGAUGAGCUAACAAUGAGAAUGGAUCAAACUCAAAGGAGAUUAAAAAGUAUAAGAACGUUGGGGUGGAAUAGUUUCCGACCGAUUGGUGUAAACGAAACCAUGCAACAACUGAAAGAGAAGUCGAUGAAGCAGGAGAUGAAAAAUGAACGCGCCGACGAUAUACCUCUUCCCUCUACUUUGCAAGAAAAUGGUGAUGAAUCGAUGGGCAGCUUUCAAGAAUACGACUACCCGGCAGAUCCUCAUAAUAGCACCACCAAUGGCCUCGUCGAGGAGGCCGAUGAGGCGAGAGAAGACGAAGAUGUCUCUUACGACUAUGAUGCGGAGUUUGCUCGAGUUGAAGAUGAGGAAGAAGAAGAGGAAGAGGAACUCAGAAAUGCUACACAGUCUCUCGGUCCUUCUCAUGCGCCGCCAAAUAGAGGAGCAGUAAGGGAUCUUACCAUUCAGCAAUUUGUCGAGACUUCUCAUGUUGAGAGACAGCCAUACGAACUGGAAGACGAAUAUGAAACCCCGCAACUUGACACAGAUGCUGAUCAGGGCGACAGCCGGGAUUUUACGGAAGUUCCAUGGGUUGAGAUUUCAGAUACAGUUCACAGCGGUGAUUCGCAGCGAAUAAGCAGUUUGAACAGCCUAAUUGAUCGAGUUCAUAUACCGACAGGCAGGGCACAUGGAACCAGGCGCUUGUCUGAUAAUAACAGCGAGGUAGAAUAA